AUGCCUGCUGGUCCAGGCGAAUCUCUUGUGACUACCGUGUAAGAUACAGGCCUGGGACGGAGGAAGAGUAAGCACAGCAUAUCGUUGACAGAAGCUCAGCUUUGGGGACGUACACUAUUACUUCGGCAAGCCCUCGUCAGUACCACAACACCAUCGAUUCGAUAGGGGAAGCUAUGUAUACCUGUUCAACAACGCGGCCCAGCGGCAAGCAAAACUAGAGAUCGCGAACCACGCGGGAACUGCAGAACAAGAUGCCUUCGAUGGCUACCUGAACGCGGCCACUGUUCAAUAUUCACAUCUCCAGCCUACCCUGUUUACCAUCGUUGUUCAUCCUGCUGCUGUCCAGGACCAGUCCAUGUGGCAUUUGCCCGGCUUUGACGAGAGGAACCAGCAAAAGUAUAUGUACAAGCUGCACACGAUUGAUCUAUAUCUUUGGACCGAGAGAGAUGCGAACAGCUUCUUGGGUCACUUGAAGACGAUUCUCAGCCGUGAGCAGCUGGACAUCAAGAAUGCGCCUGCUUCGAGUACACCCCAUGCAGAGCACCGCGACUCUAUGAGCCCUGUUGUGCAGCAGCUGGAGAAGACGGCUAUCGGGUCCGCCUUUCCUCCAAGAGCAAUCAGUGCGGUCUCAGCACACUCGCUACCCGGUCCUCCAACUCCAGCCUCUGCAGAAUCUCUGAAACCAGUUACUCCGUUGGCUUACAACCCCGCCGCGCCAGCAGCUCCAGAGCCUGUUCAGUAUCGCGAGAAGACGCCCCCUCCGCCUGAUGACGGUACGGGUACUGGAUUGAACAAUGCAGCCAAGUACGAUACCGUGCCGCAGCAGCCGUAUGCACCGGGGUCAUACCAGAACUCAGCUCAGACAACACCGCACAAUGCCUACUUUAGCGGUCCACCCCAACACCGCAGCAUUUCCUCUCAGUCGAGCUUCCCCGGUCCACCAGGAGGCGUGCCUCCUCCACCUCAACAGCAACGAACACCAUCUUUCGGCCCAAUGGCUCAGAGCACUGUCCCGCAACCUCCGCCAUCGAACCAGACCCCAUUCUCACGUGAAUCCUCGUAUGGUGCUGCUCAAGCGCAAACACAAUACGCAAACUACAAUCCUCAACAACAAACCCAGUAUGCCAAUUACCCCGGUAGCCCGGGCUUCAACUCGCAGCUCCCUCCCACUCCUUCGGCUCCACCAGCUUAUUCCGCCGGACCACUGCAAUCGCCAGGCCUCCCGCCUCCUCCACCGCAACAACAUCAACAUCUCCAACAACAGCAACAACAGCAACAAGGACAGCAACAAACCCCAGGCGGAGGCUACAGCAACUAUUCCUACAGCGCCGCGCAGAAUGCCCAGGCAGGAGACGUCAACACACACGGCGCUUAUACCGGAGACAUGCAUAGCCAAGUCUAUCGGCCUACGGAAGCCGAAGCAACAUCGCAUCACCCCAAGCCCAGGAGGACGCAGACAGGCUCUGCUUCCACCGAGGGAAAGAAUCCGAAGAUUUCAGAAAGUUUUGGAAAUUUGGAGGGCAAGGUGGGAAAAUAUUUGACCAAAUUGGACAAGCUGUGGUAA